AUGGCGGAUCCAAUCAGCGCGGCAUCGGCCAUUAUUACGCUAGUCACCUUCGGUAUUCAGUCGAGCUCCAUGUUGUAUCAGACCUUCAAAGAAUUCAACAGUCAUCAUAAACAUGUAAGAGAGCUGAAGACAGAAUUAGAUGCACUGAGUUUAGUAUUGGCGUCUAUACACCAAGCUAUUCUAGAUAAUGAGGCAGACUUCACACCUUUGAAACUUCCUCUCUUCAGAUGUGGAAGUGCUUGUAUAGAAUUCAACAUGGUUGUCAGAGAUGCCACUAAGCAAUCUCAUGGUUCUCUAGCAAGUUUUCGAGAUUGGGCAAAACUGAAAUAUCUGGGUGACGAUAUCGACGGGUUCAAAGCCUUACUGGCUAAUUACAAGUCUACAAUCACUAUCGCUCUCUGUGAUGCGAACUUGCGAAAAGCUACCAUCACAGCCAAGGCACUCAACGAAUAUCAAGAGCUGAUAGAAAACACGGUGUCGGAUCUCGAAGAUAGCCUGCAGAGGAUUGACAGCAAGCUACAACAUCUUGUCGCUGGUGGCUCAAGUGGUUGUCAGACGAACUCAGACCAACAAAAAAUCCAGCUCGAGCGUGAUAGCAUACAGAAAUGUCUCGAUAUAUGCGCCGAAAUGUCAUCGCAUAUCGAAAAAGGGCAGUCAAAUGUGUCUCAAAGCAUGCUCACAUUCACAGAAGAGUAUAACAGUCAGACCGACGUUGACAGCUCUGCCAAUUCAGCCCAACGAGCUACAAUCACCGUCCUAGAUGAUUGUAAGGAGAGGCUUGCCUAUACAUCGUCGCAGCUUAGAAUACAUCUUGCGGACGUUCUUCGCCGUUUAGACGCUUUUCAGGGCCAGACCUUUGUUCAUCCAAACUCCAACGAACAAGACAAAAUGCGAGAAGAAAUUAACAGCAUCAAACGGAGCCUAGCAGUUUGCGCUAAAGCUUCUGAAGACGCAUCCGCGGAGCGAGUCAACAUGUUCGAUGAAGUGUCGCUUGGAGAAGAUGGUCACCAAGUUAUCGUGUCAACAGUCGGGGAUUUGAUUAACGCUCGACGAGUUUCGGCUGGUGCAAGGUCUACACAGUUGCUAGGGCAAAUGUCUGAUUCUACGCUUCAGGCGAUUGGGCAGCGUCAAAGUCAUGUCAUUUCGAAACAGAGCCCGUUGCAGCAGGAAGAUAGUGCGUCCUCUAGUAACUAG